AUGGGACUUACCUCGAUCCUCAUUGUUCAAAUCCUCUUCCUAAGUGCAGCCAACUCGGCUGUCGUGAAGAGGUGGCCGUCCAGCAUCUCUCCGACUGGCCCAACCGAUCCAAGCGUUGCUAAAACCUGCAGCUAUUGGGUGAAUGAUGUUGCAAAGAAUGACCAGUGCGCUGACCUAGAGGAGUACUUCGACAUCUCAAGGGAAGAGCUGGUGAACUGGAACCCUUCUCUCAAGGAGAACUGUCGACUUCAAAUUGGCCAUUCCUACUGUGUUGCUGCCUCAGAAUUGACGAUGCGGUCGGCAUAUUCUGCCGAAGAAGCGAGUCGUAUGGACAUGGCAACUGUAGCUGAGGCUGCGGAUCUGCCCUCUCCCACGCAGGGCGGCUUGGCUGCCAACUGCAAUGCUUUCUACAAAGUUAACAAGGGCGACAGUUGCUGGUCCAUCAUAAACAACUUCGGUAACUUUUCGAUCUACGAUUUCUACCGCUGGAACCCAUCGGUUGGGCACUCCUGCGAGGCCCUAUACCCCGAUUACUACGUAUGCAUCGGCGUUCAGGAAGAGGAACCCCCAGUGGCUACACCCACCAAUCCCCCUGGACCGGUGCUGUCGGGUACUCCAGCAAACUGCAAUAAGUAUCACAAGGUGGUGCCAGGUGACAACUGUUGGGCCAUUGCAAAUCAAUAUGGAAUAUCUUUGGACCAAUUCUAUUUGUGGAACCCCGCUGUGAAGCCAACUUCAUGCCAAUCUUUAUUGCCAGAUUACUAUGUCUGCGUCGGUGUCGCUGGUAUACCCUCCUACCGCCACGGCGACGCCACAACCGACAUCGCAACCGACUCCUCUACCGCAGCAGUCUCCAUCUCCUGGCCAGCCAAUGCCACAUCCAAUGCUUUCCAGACUCCUCAGAGUCCUACUCUAGAAAUUACCGGCGUCCGGGACUCAUAG